UAAUGCACCGUUACGUUGCCAAUAGAUAAAAGCUCAUUAAGAAGAAGACAAGCCAGACCAACAUGGCGAACAUUCGGUGUGUCAAGGGUAUGGUUGGCCUCGUGACGGGCGGUGCGUCCGGUCUGGGCCGGGCCACUGUGGAGCGGCUGGUCCAGAACGGAGCGUCUGCGGUGAUCCUGGACCUGCCCUCGUCUGAUGGACCGGCUCUGGCAGCCAGUCUGGGGGACCGCUGUGCCUUCGCUCCUGCAGACGUGACGUCGGAGGCAGACGUGCAGUCAGCAGUGUCCCUGGCCAGAGAGAAGUUUGGGAAGCUGGACCUGGCGGUUAACUGUGCCGGCAUCGCCGUCGCUGUUAAAACGUACAACUUUAAGAAGGACCUCCCUCACAGCCUGGAGGACUUCCAGCGUGUCAUCAAUGUGAACAUAGCAGGAACCUUUAAUGUGAUCCGCCUGGCUGUGGGUGCGAUGGGGAAGAACGAGCCUGACGCUGAUGGACACCGAGGCUGCAUCAUCAACACGGCCAGCGUGGCUGCCUUUGAUGGGCAGGUUGGCCAAGCAGCAUAUUCGGCUUCUAAAGGUGGCAUCGUUGGAAUGACCCUCCCCAUCGCACGAGACCUGGCACCCAUGGGCAUCCGAGUCAUCACCAUAGCACCCGGUCUGUUCUCCACUCCCCUACUGGCUGGUCUCCCAGAGAAGGUGCGCUCCUUCCUUGCCCGCCAGGUGCCCUUCCCUUCGCGCCUGGGAGACCCUGCUGAGUUUGCCCACCUGGUGACCGCGCUGGCUGAGAACCCCAUGAUUAAUGGAGAGGUGAUCAGACUGGACGGAGCCAUUCGCAUGCAACCCUGAGAUGGACAGCCGGUGUCUGUCUGUCUGUCUGUCUGUCUGUCUGUCUGUCUGUCUGUCUGUCUGUCUGCGGGGCCACAAAAACAAGGCAUUGAUCACCACCUUCCUCAAAUUAAGAACACUUUUAUGUCUGAGUAUGCGUGUGCCUGGCUACCUGGUGUAGUUUUGUUGUAGAAAGCUGCAUACGGUAAACAUAAACUGUGAUGGAUCAGAAACACCAUUUAUCAAGUUUGUGUGAGAGAAAGUGUGUAAAAAAUGUCUGUACAUCAUUCAGAGCAUUGCAGUACUUUAUGAACUCCACCUUGGUUGUUUUGUAAACUAAUCCAGAUUAUAAUAAACCUCCGAUGGGUUUGAUGAUCUAUUUCA